GUUAGGGAAAGCAGAGCUGGGCAGGAAAGCCUGUGCCUGGAGCCACGUGGCUCGUGGGGGGCGGGGGGAGCACCACCUGUUCUGUGGUGAGGCCCCGGCCCUGGGCGGGACGGUGGGGUGAAGAGGCUGUGCGGGCUACUGGAUCUUAACUGCUGAGGAGAGAGCAGCACGUGGAUCCUCGCAGGCGUCAGGCAGAGCUCUUCAGGGAGGUGGGCUCCGGGAGGGCUCUGUGCCUCUGCUCAGCCGAGCUCCAGCCAGAAGCCUUGGGAGGAGAGCAGGUGCCGAGCUGCAGCUGUGCCCAGCGCUCGGAGGGGAGCUGGACUCUUCCUGGGCUGCAGGCGCCAGGACAGUCAGGCUCAAGUCCACCUGAGCCAUGCCAGCCAACCUCACGGAGGGCAGCCCCGACUCCAACGAUGCCAGCGGGACCACGCAGACCCUGGAUGCUUCCCCAGUCCUCUGCACCGAAACGGUGACUUUCACGGAAGUGGUGGAAGGGGAGCAGUGGGGCUCCUUCUACUAUUCCUUUAAGACUGAGCAGUUGAUAACUCUGUGGGUCCUGUUUGUUUUCACCAUUGUUGGAAACUCCAUGGUGCUGUUCUCCACGUGGAGGAGGAAGAGGAAGUCGAGAAUGACCUUCUUUGUGACUCAGCUGGCUAUCACAGACUCUUUCACAGGACUGAUUAACAUCCUGACAGACAUCAUUUGGCGAUUCACCGGAGACUUUCUGGCGCCUGAUCUCGUUUGCCGAGUGGUCCGCUAUUUGCAGGUCGUGCUGCUCUACGCUUCUACCUACGUGCUUGUGUCGCUCAGCAUAGACAGAUACCACGCCAUCGUCUACCCCAUGAAGUUCCUGCAAGGAGAAAAGCAAGCCAAGGUCCUCAUCGUGAUUGCCUGGAGCCUCUCUUUCCUGUUCUCCAUUCCUACCCUGAUCAUAUUUGGGAAAAGGAAACUUUCUAAUGGCGAAGUGCAGUGUUGGGCACUAUGGCCCGACGACUCCUACUGGACCCCAUACAUGACCAUCGUGGCCUUCCUGGUGUACUUCAUCCCCCUGACAAUCAUCAGUGUCAUCUAUGCCAUUGUGAUCCGAACCAUUUGGAUUAAGAGCAAAGCCCACGAGACAGUGAUCUCCAACUGCUUGGAUGGAAAGCUGUGCACCAGCUACCACCGAGGGCUCAUCUCAAAGGCAAAAAUCAAGGCCAUCAAGUAUAGCAUUGUCAUCAUUCUGGCCUUCAUCUGCUGCUGGAGUCCAUACUUCUUCUUCGACAUAUUGGACAAUUUCAGGCUUCUUCCAGACACCGAGGAACGCUUUUAUGCCUCUGUGAUCAUUCAGAACCUGCCAGCCUUGAACAGUGCCGUCAACCCUCUCAUCUACUGUGUCUUCAGCAGCUCCGUCUGCUUUCCCUGCAGGGAGCGAACUUCACGGGAUUCCAGAAUGACCUUCCGGGAGAGAACUCAGAGGCAUGAGAUGCAGGUUCUACCCAAGCCAGAAUUUAUCUAG